AUGGAUGGCAUCGAUUCUGCGGGAGGUCUGCGCGGCCUGUUUCAAGACCUCUCCGCCAUCACAGAGCCUUCAAUGGUCAACAUUGAACGUCUCUGCUUUGAGCUAGAAUCUCACCUUCAGGACUUUCGCACACUUCUUGAUAAGCCAUCAAAGAAUGAUAAUAGUCGCAAAUCCGUUCUCUCAGGCAAAGUAAAGAUCGACAAUGUAGAAUAUGCGAUCAACGAGGACUUCCAGCAAAAUACAUUGCAGCUUGCCGAUGCAUUGAAUCUGGACGAAGUCGAAGCAGCCGGGCUAUUCAUGGCGGCGCAAGAGGCAGCUCAGCAGCUCGAUCGAACGCCACUGGUUGCUGCGAUUAUAAAAUUUCACGAACGUCGACAUUUCCUACUCGAAUGCUUGCGUCUGAUUUUCCAAGAGUCUUUUGAUGUGGAGCGAGAGGAAAUACAAGAGUUAAUGCAGAAUAUGGUUGGUCAUAUUUUGCAGACAAAGGAAGGAACGUUUCGCAACGCGUCUCUUUUUGCAAGGAAAUGCCUGGCAACUAUGGAAGAUAUAGAAAAGUGGUUGACUCUCAUUGCUGACCAGAUACAAAAGAUCUCGAUCGUUGGCCAGGCCGAGGAUGCAGAUAUUACGGAAGCUUUUGAACACCAACGCACAAGCCUGAUGCAACAACACGAGUCUCUAGGUGCCACCCUCUGCUACCUCUUUAAAGGAACAUACACAUCGUCCGAAGAUCUUCGCUUUCUUUUGGAUCGCAUGCGCAAAAUCGAGCGAGUCGAUCUGCUUCUGGUGCACUACCUUCCUGCGAUUAUUGCUGCGCUCAUCCAAUAUGGUUCUCCAAGCGGAUCGGGUACGCAACGAGAGGCUCGAAGCCUUCAUUUGGCCAUCAUAUCUAAAAAGGAUAAUAGUACAUGGGCUUUGGUCCCGCUUCAUGCUGCUGUGAUCUCAUUGUGGUUAUCGGUUUACAGCGGUUGGUAUUUCGAUUCGGGACCAGCAUCGCCAUUGCAAGGCGUCGAUUUCGAUAAGGAAGCAGAAGAGCGUACCACACUUUUCAAGGUGUGCUUGGAUGAGGGUGCUCUCGAAUUUAUGCUCGCCGUUUGUGCGAGUGUUCAAAAUGACGAAUGGAGUCACCCAGCCCGAAAUGAACUCGUGAACCUCUUGUUGAAGGACAGCCCAGCCUCUGUAUUCGAGGCAGACUCCGUAUCAGACUUUAUGAAACCUCUUUUGAUGGAGCAUUUUGAUACGUUCACCGAAUCAUGCAUUGCCAAUAUGCCAAAUGCGGUUCGGAUGUUGAAAGCAGACGAAGAUGCUCAGCGUCUCGACCAAAUAACUGCGCUUCGGGAUGGACUCAGUUCCAGUUUACACCGGGGCGUCUUGGAAGCGCGCACGCACUUGGAAACGUUCCUGGUGAUCAUGGCAUUCGCUUUUGAAGGUCGUCAUGACCCCGCACAAGAAUUCUGGGCCGAUCCAGAUGGUAAUUUGUACGGUUUCGUUCAAUGGGCAUCAAAGCGCCAGACUGUCCCACGUGUUAGUGCCUUCUGUGAGAUGCUAUGCUCCAUUUCAGAAGGCGAGGAUAACGCAGCUUCGGCGCAUAAAUUUCUCUCUGAAGAAGACAAGCAAACGUCUGUUAAAUUCAGACGCUCACCAUCAAUGAACUGGGCCCAAAUGUUUGCUGAGCUUCAGCUUUACGCGACAAAAGUGACCGAGAAACCCUCAACAUCAAGUCACGUACUUCAUACACGAAAAGCAGAAAAUAUCGAGAUGAACGAACCGGAGAGUCCUGUAAUGCUUACUUGCUAUCUUCAGCUCAUCGGUCAUUUGUCCAAACAAAACAAAGAAAUCCGGAACGACUUGCUAGGAAACCCUAGCUAUAAUGUGGUUAGCACAUUGUUAACGCUAUGCAGUGGCUCUAUUCCCACGCAUCUUCGAGCAAGCGCGUUCAGCACACUCAAGGCAUUGAUGACAGACCGCACUUCAAGUCAUGGAAACGACAUGUGGCUAGCGUUAGAUCAAUGGAUUUCUGGAGCCGCAGCAAAUGCUUCUGGACUUACAAAGGCGCCAAUUUUGUCGAAUCAACCGGCGUGGCAUGAGAGACAUGCAUUUCAGAAAAUUGGUGAGAGCUUUGAUCAAACGAAUUGCUUCGUUGACUUGGUCCACACCUUAGUUACACCGGUGUUCGAUCGUCCAGACAAACAACUAGCCCUACCCUUUCCAGAGGCAUUGGGAGCAUCGUACCGGAUGCCCGGCAUUGAACCGUACAUCGAUUUCGUCCUAGGUCAUGCUUUUGCGCGCAAAGUCCCAGAUGUUCCCGACUCGCAGGGGAGACUACUUGCCUUAAAUUGCCUUAAUUUCAUAGCGACUUGUCUGACAACAUUCAAUGAGGACCUAGUAGGCAUUGCGCACCAACCUUCAGCUAACUUAGAAACAGGCAUAAACUCAUCGGAUCUGAACAACUAUAUCCGCCUUCAUCCGUUUGCACGAGUUUUCGAGUGGCUUUUCAACGAGGACGUGCUCAAGACUCUUUUUCUAUCAGCUAAACAGGACCCGUCGGAGGUCUUAAGAGCGCAUUCUGAGUCAGUCCUUGUACAAUCAUUAGAGAAGACCCUCGAGGUGAUGAACCUGAUUUUAAAUCAUCAGUCCACCUACCUGAACAUUGUGCGACCGGUGCUCAGAAAUCAAGGAGUUACAAACAAGGUGACAGUCGCUAAUUCAGCUCUCGCCUCUUUUGAGGACAGCAUCUUGAACAACCUAUAUAUUAUACCGGCUUUAUGCCUCUACUGUGGAACAGGCCAUCAAGUACUCACUCAUCAUUCUAUGUCUCUUCUACAGAAACUGUCAAGCUCCAGGAAACUCAACAAAUCUGCAGCGACGGGUCUGAUGACAUGGAAGUCACCAAAUCGGAUUGUGGAGGUUCUAAGUACGGAAGUUGAUGCCGAUGUGGUUUCUCGACCUUUAGUUUAUCAAAUGCAACCAGAUCCAAGGGAGCUAGAUCAUGGUCCUACUUCCCCCGGCUACUUGAUUCGAGAUGGACUGUUAGCUUUACUCGAUAGCUGUCUUGCCACGAUCACGGAUAGACCCAAUAUCGCUCAUUUACUUCUUGGAUUCUCUUGUGUUAGUAAUACACUGGAUGUGAAUUCAGAGGGUCUUUUCGCCCAGGGCAUGUCGUUGCUUCACUCCGUCAUCGAAUUUAUACAAACGUAUCCUACUGAUAUUGAUGGAAACAUCUUGUCAUGGGCGGUUCAUUCUAAACGAAUGGCUUUCCAAGUUCUCAAACACCUUUGGUCGUCCAAAUUAUCAUCUGCCUUUGUUUUGACUGAGCUCCGCAUGAAUCGCUUCUUGAUGCUCUCGUUCGCUAAUCAACCCAUCAUCAAUUUCAACACAAUCUGGGACGGAUUUCCCUCCGUAGCUCCGGAGUUCUGGCUUUCACCUUCCUCAAGUGGGCUCAUGGAAUUCUUGGCAUAUAGAAGUCUUUUGUAUGAAUAUGCAACUACCGAGGUCAGGGCAGCUUCGAAGCUUGGUUCACAGUCACUGCAGCUUGAUGUGCUUUCUACUUUACUCGGCAUGUCUCUUGUCGAAAACGGAGAGACAUUGUCUCAUGCUACGGUGUUUGAUCUCUUCGACUUUGCAGACUUGAAGUUAUCGCAUGGUUUUCCAAUUCCUCAACUACAUUAUCUUGAGGGGGUCGAUUUUGACAUUUGCGCCAAAGAGCAGCCGGACAGCUCUGUCGUUCUCUAUGACCUUGAUGCAGCACAGCAACUCAUCGAACUGAGAAAGAAGCAACUCACAGGGGGGAGCCAAGUACGGUCACAAGAAGAGGAGCAAUUUAAGUUGGAAGCAGAACAAUUGACGGACUUCCUUCGUGUCACAAAUAUGGAAAGGCAAAUACAUUACAAUCGGUACCUUGCAAUCCGGUCGUGGGCCGAAUUGGUGACAACGAUGGCCAUCUCCUGCGAUAUGGAAGAGGGCCGCAGGAGAACAUUUAUCCUUCAAGCAAUCAGUUUAAUCACGCCAAAACUUGAGGGUGCCAUGGUUGAUAAUGUAGCUGAAGCAAUCCAGCUAGCGCAGCUAGCCGAGACUUUGAUAAGUAAACUCGACAGUUCAUUAUCACCAAGCCACCAAGGUCGUGGAGGCGAUUUGAUUGACGAGAAACUUUAUCAACUAGUACAAAUAAGCAUUCGUGGCAUAUGCUCAUCGAUAGGAGAUGUUUCACUGCGUGAAUCUUUCUAUAAUAUCUGUGCCCAUUACAUUUCUCGCAUCACGACGACACCUGGCUCUAUCCAUCAGAACCUGCGACGUCAAUGCCAGCUAGCCGUCAAAGCUUCUGGUGUCUCGCUGGUAGAAGCUGUCAGCGAUGAUGCUUAUGCUGGGCAAGAUACCUGCAAAGUCUCUGCAAUCCUUCUUUUGAAUCUACUUGCCGAAUUGGAUGCACAGGAGCAUUCGCAUUUUUUGGCAGAGACUAUCUCGCAGUCCAAUUAUCUUAAUAUGUUCUUGGACUCUAUUAAAACUUUAUCCUCGGAAUUCCGAGAUGCCCAAGCCCAUGACAUACCUCUUUUGAUAUCUUACUAUCAUGCACUGCUGUCCUUACUUCAGAAGCUUUGUCAAACCAAGCUUGGAGCGACUCUGGUACUGAACACUGGGCUCUUUGCGGCGAUUCGUGAGUCCCGACUUUUCGCCGCGGACCCUGAUAUUGGUAUAGAUAUGGAUAAUCCGGAUGCUCUACGAAACUACUACGAACUUCUUGCUUCAAUGUUGCGGGUCAUUGUUUCAGCUGUUUUCUCACGGAGUGUCCAUAACGAACAGAUUAUGGACCAGACACGGAACUUCCUUACGGAAAACAGGUCGAGUAUGGUUGGUAUAUUCAAACGCUCUGCCAAGAUAGGCGGCGAAGUAUCUUCGAAUCAUUGCAAGGUGAUUCAAAACUUGGUCAAGGCAUAUGUGGCAUUAAUCACUGCAGCCGGCUUUGUCGAGCAAAAUCCAACGCCGAGCGGACACCAGAGCAGCAAGCGCGGGGCCGCCGGGAAAAGGAAGUCUGUUCACGAAGACUUACAACAGAGGAAUAUCUCCGAGCUUUUUUCGAGUAGCGGCAAUCAGCAGCAGCAAUCGUCCUCGUCAGCGAAACGCCUUCGAACUUCGAUCUCACCGAGCAGAAGUAGUAGGGACAAGUUGAGUUCAGCAGAUAAGAUGUAUAACUUCUCGACGAGUUCCCAGUCUCCCAAAGCGGCUGAGAAGUUUUCAAAGAAGAUUGGUGGGCCUACUGUUGUGUCGCGACCGAGCAAUUUCACACCACAUACAGGAGCGAAAAGACUGGUUGUCAAGAAUCUUCGCUCAGGACCGCGGCUGAACCAGGACGAAUAUUUUGAUGAUAUUUGGACACGGUUGUCGGCUACAUUGGAUACAAUCUUUGACGGAGGAAAGCCGGCUGCUUCGCUUGAGGAAUUAUACAAAGGUGCCGAGAAUGUUUGUCGUCAAGGUCGAGCAGAGUCGCUUGCAAAGAAGCUGCAGGAGCGAUGCAAGACUUAUAUAGUCGACAAUCUACGACAGAACCUGGUGGAUAAGACAAAGAAUGCGUCUAAUAUUGAUACCUUACGGGCUGUGGUCGAUGCGUGGGCAGUAUGGAACACAAAGCUGGUCACGAUUCGAUGGAUGUUCUAUUAUCUUGAUCAGUCGUUUCUACUUCAUUCAAAAGACUACCCUGUUAUCAACGAGAUGGGACUGAAUCAAUUUCAGACUCAUAUUUUCCUUAACGAAGAGUUGAAGCCAAAGAUUCUUCAAGGCGCUUGCGAUUUAAUUGCAGCCAAUAGAGCUAGCACAGAAGAUAAGUCACAAGCUGAUUCGGAUCUUUUGAGGAAAGCAAUAUCAUUGUUCCACGAUCUUGGUGUCUAUACGCGUCACUUUGAACGUCUCUUCCUUUCCGAAUCUGAGGAGUUUCUCAAGACGUGGUCAAAGAAAGAAUCACAAAUCCGGUAUCUCGGGAAUUACGCAGAGAAUUGUCACCGUCUCAUAGAGCAGGAGUUGACUCAAUGUGAACUAUAUGCGUUGAAUCGGAACACCCAGCAGAGCUUGUCGGCACUUUUCGAUGAGUAUCUGGUGAGGGAUAAAGAGUAUAUACUUUUGUCAGAGUCUGAUUUGAAGGGUCUGAUGACAACUGAGAACAAGCAUGCUUUGGAACGGAUCUAUUCGCUGUUGGAACGCGUCAAGCUCGGAGACAGAUUGAAGCCAGCGUUUAGUAAAUACAUCGAGGAGCAAGGCGCGACUAUAGUCUUUGAUACAGAGCGAGAAGCUGAAAUGGUUGUCCGAUUGCUCAAUUUCAAGCAAAAACUGGACGAUACAUGGACAGAAUCCUUUCAUAAAGACGAGACACUCGGCCAUACGCUUCGCGAAGCAUUUGAGCAUUUCAUGAACAUGACCAAGAAAACGGAGGCCAGCUGGGGUACAGACAACUCUAAGACAGGAGAAAUGAUCGCCAAAUAUGUGGAUAUGCUGCUUAAGGGUGGUCUCAAGGUGAUCGGCAAGCAAGCAGAAGACACCGAAUUGGCCGACGAAGAUACGGAGAUCAACAAGCAAUUGGAUAAGGUUCUGGAUUUGUUCAGAUUUGUGCACGGCAAAGCGGUGUUUGAAGCGUUCUACAAGAAUGAUCUUGCUAGACGGUUACUUAUGGGUCGAAGUGCGAGUGACGAUGCAGAAAAGAGCAUGUUGGCUCGACUAAAGACAGAAUGCGGUUCUAGCUUCACUCACAACCUCGAGGCCAUGUUUCGGGAUAUGGACUUGGCCAGGGACGAGAUGAGCUCUUACAAUGCUUAUAAAUCACAGAGGCGCGACAAACUCAAUCUGGAUCUCUCAGUCAAUGUGUUAUCAGCUGCUGCAUGGCCCACGUAUCCUGAUGUCCUCGUUCGAAUUCCACCGGACAUAGCCAAAGCAAUUUCCGACUUUGAGCAGUACUACCAUACCAAACACAAUGGACGAAAACUUAGUUGGAAACAUCAAUUAGCACAUUGUCAGCUGCGGUCACGAUUCGACAAUGGUAACAAGGAGAUUGUUGUCAGCUCAUUCCAAGCGAUUGUACUGUUGUUGUUCAAUGAUGUGUCCGAAGGGGAGACAUUGAGCUAUGGCCAGAUCAAAGAAGCCACGGGAUUGUCUGAUCGCGAGCUCAAGCGAACCCUGCAAUCACUCGCAUGCGCCAAGUACCGCGUACUCACCAAGAAACCCAAGGGCAAGGACGUCAACGAAACUGACCAAUUUGCCUACAACAACGCCUUCCAAGACCCCAAGAUGCGCAUCAAAAUCAACCAGAUCCAACUCAAGGAGACCAAAGAAGAAAACAAGACGACGCACGAACGAGUUGCGGCUGACCGGCACUACGAGACACAAGCGGCGAUUGUACGUAUCAUGAAGAGCCGCAAGACCAUUACGCAUGCCGAAUUGGUCGCAGAAGUGAUCAAGGCGACUCGUAGUCGCGGUGUUUUAGAGCCGGCGGAAAUCAAGAAGAACAUUGAAAAACUCAUCGAGAAGGAUUACAUGGAGCGCGAAGAAGGAAAUCGGUACAGUUACUUAGCAUAGACAUAGAUGCACAAACCUGGAGUCACGGCUAGCGGACGAAAGAAUGAACGGUCUCUUUGAAACGAAUUAGACAGAUGUAUGAAAUAAUUCUUUGACAGCAAAUGAAUGUAUAAGAUUGUCUCGGCCGGUU